UUGAAGAUGAAACUGACGACUCUGACGAAUUAGAUAUUAUAAGUAGAAGAAAUAAUUAUAAUGUUGAAAGUAAACCUGACAAUAGUAUGAAUACUUAUAAUUCUGGUGAAUUAGACAUUAUAAACAGACAAAAUAGCUAUUCUGUCGAAAGUGAAAUUAACAACAGUAUGAAUACAUAUAAUUCUGACGAAUUGGACUAUCACGUAGAAGGUGAAAUAGACAAUAGUAUGGAUAUAUAUAAUUCUGACAAAUUAGAUGCUAUAAAUAGACAAAAUAAUAAACUGACAUUUGACGAUCAAGAAAGUGCUGAUGAAUAUAACCUGACAUUUGAUACUCUAAGUAUUGCUAAUAAAUCGAAUCUAAUAUUUAAUAACUGGGGGGACAUAUUAGAAAAUAGCAAGAUUAUUAACGAAGCUGAAUUUCAGAGUGAUAAUAGCGAAAGUGAAAUAGACAAUACAGAUUUUCCAAGUACUGCAUACCAAGAUUUCAUAGACAUAGUAAUUAGAUAUAAUCUUUCUUAUACGGCUGGUGAUGCUGUAUUAAAGUUUAUGAAAAGAUAUG